UGAAAAAUUGGCUUAAUGGCUUCAAAUUUCUGUCCCAAUAUCAAACCAAAAAAGGGCUAGAAUUGGAUAAUCAUGUUUUAUUUUGCGGUCCACCGGUUGGUUCCAGUAUCGAAAAGCAGCAGCAUGUUUUCAACAGUGCCAAAGAAUUGGUAAAAGAAAAUGCCAAGCGAGGGGAAACCAAGCCGGUAGCAAUCGUUAUUGAGGAAAUUGACUCUGUGGGAACGAAGGACCUGUCCGGUCAUAAUACUUCCAGCAAAAGUGAAGUGGAUGGUCUGUUGAAAAUCUUUGACGAAAUAAAUGAAAAAAAAUUAAAUAUUGUCGUAGUUGCUACUACCAAUAAUCCAGAAGUGUUAAAUGACGCUCUCGUGCGGCCAGGCCGGCUGGGCCGUCGCAUUUAUGUUAAUUACCCGACUGGCGAGGAAUUAAGAAAAUUGACUGAUUACCUCCAAGAAGUAAUGGAAAAAAAUUACUGGGAUAAUGUUUACCAGUCAAUUCAAAAAAAUGCUGCUCGUUUUCAAAAGAAACAAAUGGGUCUUAAUUUCCGUGAUUUACAAAAAGCGGUUACUGGUUCGUUAGAGGCGGGAGUAGCAGAAAAUAAUCCUAAAAUUAUUCCGGCGGCUUCGGUCUUUCAUGAGGAAUUAAAGGACGUUCUUCAAACUCGGGUGAACGACUACAAAAAUAAUUUACGCCGACAAAAUCAUCUUCCUCCAAAUUAUGACGACACCAAUGAAGAGGAGCGCGAGCCAA